AUGAAAGAUGAAAACAAUCAAAAUCAUGCUCCAUCUUACAGUGCAAAGAGAGGUCAGUGGGCCAACAAGAGGGAGUUCAUUUUGUCAGUAUCCGGAUCCGGACAGAUCAUUGGUCUGGGCAAUGUUUGGAGAUUUUCAUAUCUGUGCUUCAAAAAUGGAGGUGGAGCUUUCCUGAUCCCCUAUGUGGUGUUCCUGUUCACGUGUGGAAUCCCCAUCUUCUUUCUAGAGGUAUCUCUGGGGCAGUUAACGGCUCAGGGUGGGAUCACAUGUUGGAGGAAAAUAUGUCCCAUAUUUGGAGGUUUAGGCUACGGCAGUCAAGUUACAUUGUUAUACAGUGUGGUGCAUUACAUUGUCAUCCUGGCUUGGGCCUUCCUCUACCUCUUCUCCUCCUUCCACACUGUACUCCCCUGGGCCAGCUGCAACAACACCUGGAACACAGAUAACUGCAUUGAUUGUGGACAGAAUGAUUCAGUUUAUCGCCACAUCAAUGAAAACACAACAUCAUCAGUGAAAGAAUUCUGGCAGAGGAGAGUCUUGGGCUUGUCUGGAGGAAUUGAAGAGAUGGGCAGUAUCCGCUGGGACCUGGCUGGAUGUCUUCUGCUAAGCUGGAUCAUCUGUUACUUCUGUAUCUGGAAAGGAAUCAAGGCGACAGGAAAGGUUGUGUACGUCACAGCCACUUUUCCAGUUGUGAUGUUGAUUGUGAUGCUGAUCCGUGGGCUGACAUUGCCAGGAGCUUUAACUGGAAUUAGAUAUUACCUUUAUCCUGAUCUGACCCGUCUGACUGAUCCUCAGGUGUGGAUGGAUGCUGGGAGCCAGGUAUUAUUCUCCUAUUGCAUUUGCGUAGGCACUUUGCAAGCGAUGGGAAGCUACAACAAAUACAACAACAACUGCUACAAAGACACUUUCGCCUUGUGCACACUAAACAGUUUAACCAGCUUUGUUGCUGGCUUUGCAGUCUUCUCUGUUCUUGGCUUCAUGUCGCAUGAAUUGGGUGUUGACAUCUCAACAGUAGCUGAAUCAGAUGAAGAGAACAAAUAUAUAAUUCACAACUUAACAAAUUCAAGUCUCACAAUAACAUGUGAGAAGAAACACUUGGAUUUUGGUCCCCAUAUGUCAUGUGGGACCUCACAUCAAUGUGUGCUGCAGGGUUCUUUCAAUUAUAAUUCACAAGAACAUCAUUCUUGUACCUGUAAAGUACUUAUGAGGACCCUCUACACUCAAAAAACGGAUUCUUGGUCCACAUAA